UAGCGCCCUCUACCGGUCAGACUCGGCACUGACCCCUCCGUCUGCCUUUCUUCGCGCCUUACACUCGCUGCUGCUUUCGCCCACAAACAGUGUCGCUGCUUUCGGACUGACGAAAUAAAGAAAUGGUGAAAAUAUCUGUUCUGAAGGUGGAGAACCCAUCGUGUCUCUGGGGUGCCAUUUUGGGUCUCAGCGGCGAUGUGGAGACUUCAGAACAUUACAAAAAGCUACAUUUUCAGAUGAACCUCUUCUACCGCGACACCACGCAGGACGUGUGCACGCUAAAGCCUGCGUCGUUGGAGGAAGGACGGGUGUAUGUGGUGUACUGGGCGGUAAAGAAGUCGUGGUUUCGGGCCGUGGUGGAGUCGAUCUUCGUGGACUCGGUUUCCUGUCAAGCUUGUUGCUUUCUGGUCGACCACGGAGAGAAAGUCGUCGUCCCCUCAGAGCAGAUCCGGGUGGCAAUGGAAAACUUCCUUCAGCUGCCUUUCUGGGUGCAAAAGUUCCACCUGGCGGGAAUCAAACCAACAACCCUGCGAGUGUCUCUGCUUGAGGAGAAGGCAGAGCUCAAACCGUCAGCUCGGUGGGACAGCUCUGCCACGCUCUUCCUGCACAAGCUGCUGCAAGCAUCGACCCUAAAGGAGGCCGUGCUGCUUGAACCUGAGUCAGACUCUACCCCUAUCAAGCUUUACGUGACUGUUGGUGACAUCAAGAUCUGUGUGAAUGAUGACUUGGUGGCGAAGAGGUUUGCCUACUACAGCACAAAAUCAGGCGACGGCCUGGAGGAGGGAGACCGACUUCCUGUGAUGCUGUCCUACAGCAUCUUAACCCAGAGCGUCUCCCCCAAGCCGACAGCACAAACCCAACCGCCUCCCGAUCAGCAGAGUCUGGUUGAAGCUGGGGGGGCAGCUGAUUGGCUUACAGCUCCUUCCCUGCUUCCUCAGAUUGUACAACACAAGCUGGUGAAGGCUGGAGGUGAACAUCGGUCAGUGGUCACAAAACAACAGCUGUCUCCAAACAGCCAGUCAGGGAGCGGCUCAGACGCAGCUGAGAGCAGCUCGUCAGACGACGCAGACUCGUCUCUGGCUGCAGCCCUCACAAAAAACCAUCAGCUGUUCAGGUUUCUACAGUUUAUGAAGCCGGGCAGCAGUUCCGAGCUGGCAGCUCCCCAGGAAGCUGAGGUGUUGCCUCUGAUGAGCAGUGAGAAACCAGGAGCUGAGAAUCUUCAGAGCUGUCAGGCUGAAUCUUUGGUGGAUGAAGAGGCAAGCAGCUCCAGCACAUCUGUCGCCUCGGCUCCAGCAGAGGAGACCCAGCGCAGUGAGAAGGACUGGGCCUGUGCACGCCUGUUGGAGUUGUUGAAUCCACAGGCUCUGAACCCCGAUCCCGACGCCCAAGACGCUGUGGUUUCUCCCCUCGACCCCUGCCGGAGUGGGAUUCUGGUGCACGCUACCUCCCCAGCAGAGCCGUGGAUCAGUGUGAAUGACCCCGCCAUCGCAGACACCCUCUGCUGGGUGCAGCGGAAGCAGUACAGCACCUUGUCUCCAGCUGACUGUUACAGCUGGCCAGCUGUGGCUCGAGGAUACCAUACCCUUGUUAUCUCCAGCAGCGCAGACCAGCCGCUCAGCUACCUUACCCCACUCCUUACCCACAUCAUGCUGAACUCCAUCUUCACUUCCCACACCUCCAGCUCAGGGCCCAUAGCUGUGCUGCUGUGUCCCGGUUGGGAGAAGGUCCAAGCUGUAUAUGACCUCCUGGGGGUGAGUAAGGUCUCCCAAAAGCUCUACCCCACAACUGUGCUGCUGGGCAUCAACAAGGACGAGGCUAAGAGUGUCAAGAUCCCCAAAAACUGCCUGCUGUUGGUGACCACUCCUUUCAGUCUGGUCCGUCUGCUGUCCUGCCACUGCUUCCUCUUCCUGCGGCUGUGCCACCUGGUGCUGGACGAAGCUGACCAGCUCUUCAGUCUGGCUCCAGAUGAGAUGACGACCAUCUUGCAGCACUUCCAGGUCACCUCUGACAAGGAAAGUGAUUCCUGUCCUCCACAGCUGAUUGUUGUAGCCAAAAGAUGGACAAAUCACAUGGAGGGUUUGUUAUCCACUUACAUGCCAUGCCCCAGCAUCGUCAUAAGCGUUCCUGAGGAAGCCGCUCUCUAUGGUAACGUUCAGCAGGUCAUCCUCAUGACUCUGGAUAUCAGUAAGAUCUCAGUCCUGUUGGGAACGCUUGGCUUCAGCCCCGACGUCGGCCAGAAGACGCUGAUCGUAGCAAACUCCUUUCAGGAGGUCGAAGAUGUGUUCAAGGCUGUGAGCACCAGGUCAGUUUUCUGCCUCAAGAUCCACGAGGGGUUAACUCACGACAUGGACUUUGUGCUCGAGCAGUGGAAGAAGGACAUCGGCCCCGGCACUCACGUUGUUCUCGUAACCACCGACGAUUGUCUCAAGGGUCUGGAUAUCAGAGAUGCGACCUGCAUCGUCCAUUACAGUUUCCCCUCCUCUCCUAAGCUCUUUGGCAGCCGACUCUUCUGCAUGGCUGAAAACUUCAGGAACUUCUCAAAACGAGAUCAAACGAGGAGCAGCUCAGCCGUCACCAGGUCGGUGCUGCUGAUCUCAGAAAGGAACGCCCGCCACGUCAUUGGGAUUCUGCGCUACCUGGAAAGGGCAAAUGCCCUGCUGCCCCCCGAGCUGCUGACCUUCGCACAGGGGGUACAAAUGGCACGCGAGGACCAGAAAACAGACCGCCCCCUCUGCAGAUACCUGAAGAGUUUUGGCGUGUGCAGAAACAAUGGCAUUUGUCCUGAACGCCACCGCUUCGUCUCACAGCUGGAUCAGUCCAAACUGCCGGCAUCUGGAGACAUAGAAGUUGUACCGCUCUACAUAAAGACAGCGUCAGUCUUCUACGGCCGUAUCGUCGAGGAGGAGGACGGGGGCUUUGAGAAAAUGGCCUCUGAGAUGGCUUCGUACUACGCAGAGAAGAAGCUUGGAGCCAAGAAGCUGCUGGAAGGAGGACUGUACGCUGUGCAGGAGGACGAUGUCUUCCACAGGGUGAAGCUCCUCUCUGUGCCCGACAGAGGCGGCCGGCUGUUUUUCAGCGUAGUUGCUUGCUUCAUUGACAUGGGAAAGGAGGAGGAGGUGAAAUCCUAUCAGAUCCUCGAGCUGCCGGAGCAGUUUCACUCUCUGCCUGGACAGGCCGUAGAGAUCGUUGUCUGCCGGGUCAAACCAAUUGAUUCUGAGAUCAGCUGGCACCCCAAGGUUACCAGAGCCAUCAGCCAGAAGAUCCGCGGACUUCAGCAUCGAGCUACAGUAGUUCUCAGCCUGGGAAACACAGUUUUUGUUGAUCCAAUGGUUCGGGUCACCCAGAUUCCAGGAAUGAAAACUGUCAUCAAUGAAUACAACGUCCAGGCGGAGAUCCUGAAGACCCGGAUGGGAAUCAGGAACCCGGAGCAUGUGGACCUGCUGAGGGCGCUGUGUGAGGAGAACAGCAGCAGCAAGGAUGAAGGUCACAUGUCCAGGCUUGGAGAUAAUAUUACAUCUCUGAAGGAUGUCAGGAUUACAGCUGAGGAAGAAGUUCUGGCCAACAACCUCAAGGCUCCAGACCUUUCUCCACUAGAGCCAAUGAGGUCAGGAAACCAGUCCCUGGUCCCAGCACCUACAGACCACCUGGUCCCAGUGUGUGAUCAGAACUCCCAGUCAGAGAGUGAGGGUGGUUUUGGACAAAGAAGCACUGAUAAGAAGCCAGCUGAGCAGAUGGAGAGCACCAGAGCUGGAGACGUUUUCCCAUCAACCAGCUACACUGCUGCUCUGAACCUGCAUGAAGAAGGUGUGCAGGAAGGUGCUGGUCAAAGCAGUAGGCAGCAGGUCAUCAGCACAGGCUCUGAUGAUGCAUCACAAAGUUUCCACCCUCUGAUCCGCUGGUUCCAGACGCCCGACGCUGCGAUUGUCACCGUGAAGCUGGCAAACCCGGAGAAGCAGCGCUGCGACUUCUGCUCGGACAGAGUCAUUUAUAGUGGCAGCGUGAACGGUCGGUUCUACAGAGCUGACCUGGGGCUUCGCUACGAAAUCGCAGCUGACGUUUGCUGCUGGGAAAUGAAAUACAAUGAACCAGUUCUCAAACUGGUCAAGCAGCAGCCGGGAAUCUGGGACAAACUCCUCAGAAACAAGAAUAUAUUUGUGAGUUAUGACAUGGAGCACUUUGAGGGUGAGGAAGAGGACGGAGUGCCAAAUGGUCAGUGGUUUGUGGAGAACACGGGUGAAGAUGACUGGUACAGGAACUCGGAGAGCAGCAGUGAGAGCGACGACUUUAUAUAACAUCCUCCAACCAUCGUCAUCCUCGGGGUCGUGGUUUCUGUUCUGUGACCUUUGACCUCAGUAAUGUUUGAGGCUUCUGCCUUUUCAAUGGGAGCAAAUUAACUUCAGCACAGAGUAGGGGUUCCAGAUUUACUUCCACGAGAGUCCAGCUGCAGCGUUUCUCGCCGUCAUGUCAGUGACAGGAAAAAAAAUUCAGAUUCUGUUUUCACUUUGAUUUUUUCCCCCGUUGUUCUGAAACAGUCGUAGUGUGUGUGUGUGUGUGUGUGUGUGUGUGUGUGUGUGUGUGUGUGUGUGUGUGUGUGUGUGUCACAGGGAAUAUUGUCAGGUAAAUGUAAUGACUUGAGCCAAAACUGCAUUUAGAUUUUUCUUUAUUUCAAAUUCUCGUCUGUAAUUGGUCGCUUCGCCUCCAUAGGAGCUUUUUAUUGUGCAGCAGCAACAACAGCAAAGUCUUAAAUAUAAAGUUUACAAUAAGAAGUGUACAUGUAUAAACUGACGGUGAGAAUUUAAACUAGUCUAAGAUUUAGAGAUUUGAGAGGGAGUUGUUUUAAGUUUGAAAUGAAAAUGUUCCUUUUUAAGCUUAAUUUUACAGAUGAUUAAAAAUAUUCAGUGUGAGCUGACGGUGCCGGCUGAGAUUCGUGCCCCAUGCUUGUUCCAUUUCAGAUUCAGGUCGUGAGAUUCUUGUUCUCAUUUGUCGUGUUAAAGGGAGUCUUUACUGCUGUUAUUUAGUGCGGGUUGGUUUCAUAGUGUUCAGCCUGGGCUUGUUCUUCUCCUUAAAACUCUCUCUUUGAGGAGAAGAACACAGACGAGCAGCUGGAAGAUGAAACUGUUUAACUUUUGCCAUCGCAGUCGAUUUGAAUCAAACACUGGAUGUGACUGAAGGGCCAACUUAGAGCUUUAAUUCAGGUUUUCACACCAGUUCUGUUACUGUUUAUGAAUUACACCCAUUUUCCCCACAGUGGCCCACUCUGUAGAUGAUGAUGAUGAUGAUGAUGAUUCAUCUGUAAACUGUUUGCAUUUCCAUUUGUGAAGGCGUGGCGUGAUUGUUGACCUUCACAGUUAUACCUCUGCCUCCUCGUCGUGUUCUCGGUUUGUUAGAUCUCGUGAAGCAUGGAAAUACCUCUCUGAUCAUCCACUGUAUUUGUCUCGCAGACACUUUGGUGCUGCUGACGUGCUCGGCGCUUUCCUUCUUUUUAAAGAAAGAUCCAGAUUGUUUAUUUGGCCAGUCCUAAAGGUUUAUUUUUCUUUCUUUCUUUUAGCCUCGCUCGCUUCCUUGAUGGAAUAGUUCUGUGUAUUUCAUCUGCUCAUGUUGUCAUGGAAGGAGCUGUCUCAUGGUGGUUGACUGUGUGUGUAAAUGGCUGUAAUUCCUAAUCAGUUAAUGCAAUACUUGAGUCACACUGAAAAGGAGGAGCUGGGACGGAGGCGGGUUGCAA